CUUGUUCAAGUAGUUAAUAUUGAUCAUACUAAUGAAGAAGGUGAGACAGCACUAAUGUUUGCUUGUAAAAGAGGACAUGAGGACAUUGUACACAGUUUACUGUCUGCUGGAGCUAAUGUUAACAUUCAGGACAAUGAAGGACAGACUGCACUAAUGAUAGCAAGUGAACAUAAUCACAUUUCAGUCAUUCACAUGUUACUACAAGCUAAUGCUAAUCCUCACCUGAAGACAUCAGAUGGAUUAAAUGCUGUAAUGAUUGCUAGUGGCUAUGGCAACUAUGAGGUUGUUGAGCUAUUGAUUAGUAAAGGAGUUGAUUGUAAUUAUCAACAAAAAGAUGGAGUGAAUUCUUUUAUGUUUGCUUGUCGAAAUGGUCACCUUCAAAUAGCUAAACUAUUACUGAAGGAACAAGUCAAUCCCAAUGUUCAAAACAAAAAUGGAGUGAAUUCUUUUAUGUUAGCCUGUCGUAAUGGUCACACUCAAAUAGUUGAACUGUUACUGAAGGAACAAGUUGAUCCUAAUGUACAAAAGGAAGAUGGUUGGAAUGCUUUUAUGUUUGCCUGUCUAAAUGGUCACACUCAAAUUGUUGACUUGUUGCUAAAGAAAAAAGUCAAUCCUAAUAUUCAAAGAUGCGAUGGAGAAAAUGCUUUCAUGAUAGCUUGUAAAAAUGGUCACACUCAAACAGUUAAACUGUUGCUGAAGCAACAAUUUGAUCCUAAUGCUCAAAGGAAUGAUGGUCGGAAUGCUUUUAUGCUGGCUUGUAAAAAUGGACACACUCAAAUAGUUGAACUGUUGCUGAAGGAACAAGUUGAUCCUAAUGUGCAAGAUAAAAAUGGUAUGACUGGUUUAAUGCUUGCCAGACAUCAUGAAAUAGUUAAGUUAUUAUUAGAAUCGAAAGCUGAUCCAACUAUUGAAUCUAAUGAAGGCAAAACUGCAUUAUAUUAUGCCAAAACUAGUGAAACAGAAAAAUUACUUAUUGAUUAUUUUGAAAAAAGGGACAAGGAUGCUACUAGAUAUGGAUCUCAACAGACAUUAUCCAGUGGAUAUCAUACGGUAUCUCAUGAUAGUAGUAUAAGAAGUUUUCCUUCUACUUUAACUUUAGAUUCAACAGUAAAAGACUCUGAAGUAGAUACUGAUACUUAGUUUAGCCUGGUCAUGCAGUGUGACCAGACUAUUAUUGUGCAACAAUUUUAAUUUGUAUAAUAGUGAGUGGGCGUAUCAAAGGCACCGCCUGUGGUUACAAAUGUGAUGUAACACAGCUUUCAUUUGUAACACUCCUUGUGGUUUUAUUUGUAGCCCUGUGGGUUGACAGCAAAAAUCUCUUAAAAUAAAAUACAAGAAACAACAUUAUUGUACAGGUAUUAUAAGCUGAAAGUUAACUGUCAAUAAAGCUUGCAAUAAAGUCUGGCCUAGGUCCAGUGGCCCGCGGGAACGAACAGCGGGUACAAAGUCGGAACAAUUGUGAGUCUCCGGAGUGCAGAAAACUUUAGAUCGAUUCACAGACCAAUAAUC